GUUGUUUCCACCAUUUUACGUUAUAAACAAAAUCCAAGAUAAGAACAAAAAGGAAAACAGAGAGAGAGAGAGCAAAGGAAGGAAAGAAUUCUCCAAGUUCGUUUUUAGGGCGACGAUAAGGAAAUAGAGCAAGACCCUCUUCGACGUUGUCGAUGGCUCGACCUUGACUCUGAUGCAUUGCCGAUCUCAGUUCAACUUGUGCUCCAGUUGCUGGCCAAGCUCGACACUCAAUUCAUCACCUACUCUCUCUGAUUCGCCAGGCCGCGUUUGACCCCAUGGAUCGAUCCCACAGGCUCGAUUCCACUCGAAGAGUCGAUUGUGUUGUUGUUUUCGGAGCUGCCUAUGGAGUUGCAUUGGCGUUUCUCGCCCACCCUUAUGUAUUUAGCUCCAAGCCACAGCCCCCGGGGUCAUUGCUUACCAUAGCCAUCGUUGGAUUGGGAUCGAUCGUCGUUGCUUUGGUACUUGAGACAUCAAAAGUCGCCCGUCCUCCUUACCUGAGCAAUGAUAUGCCAGUGGGAAAUAAUGCACUUCAGACAACCGGGAGAGGUGCAAAAGAAGGCGAUUAUAGCGUGAAAUUAACCAAAGACAACAUAAUUGAGACCAAGAGAGCUGGAGAAGAAGGCGACCAUAGUGCAAAAUUAACCGAAGACAACAUAACCGAGGCCAAGAGAGGAGGAGGAGAAGGUGACAAUAGUGCGAGAGGUGGAGAAGAAGGUUACCAUAGCGCAACAUUAACUGAAGACAACAUAACCGAGACCAAGAGAGGUCGAGAAGAAGGUGACAAUAGUGCGAGAGGUGGAGAAGAAGGUCACCAUAGCGUGACAUUAACUGAACUGAACAUAACCGAGACCAAGAGAUGUGGAGAAGAAGGUGACAGUAGUGCGAGAGGUCGAGAAGAAGGUCACCAUAGCGCGACAUCAACUCAAGAGAACAUAACCGAGACCAAGAGAGGUGGAGAAGAAGGUGACAAUAGUGCGAGAGGUGGAGAAGAAGGUCACCAUAGCUCGUCAUUAAAUGAAGAGAACAUAACCGAGACCAAGAGAGGUGGAGAAGAAAGCGAACAUAGCACAAAAUUAACGGAAGAGUUCGAAAAGUUGAGUGGACCCAAGAAGUACUCCUAUGAAGAGUUGAUGAUGGCGACCGGUUCUUUUGCAGCUGACAGAAUUCUGGGAAAAGGAGGUUUUGGGGUCGUGUACGAAGGGCACAUAAGAGGCGCUCACACAAAGGUCGCUGUGAAGAUAAUAAACUCCGAUUCGCACCAAGGGAUUAAGGAGUAUAUAUCCGAGGUGAUGUUGUUAAGCCAACUUAGGCACAAAAACUUGGUGCAACUCAUAGGCUAUUGUCACGAAGCGAAUAAAUUCGUCCUGGUUUAUGAAUUCAUGAGAGAAGGUAGCUUGGAGGAUCAUCUGUUUAAAGGCAGAACCUUGUUGACAUGGGAAAGGAGGUAUAACAUUGCUCGGGGAUUGGCCUCGGCGCUGCACUACCUGCACGAACAAUGUGAUCAAUGCGUGAUUCAUAGGGAUAUCAAAUCUAGCAACACCAUGCUCGAUGAAAAGUUCAAUGCCAAAUUGGGAGAUUUCGGCUUGGCUAGGCUAGUUGACCACACCAGAGGGCCAAACUCAACCCAAGUGAAAGGAACGCCGGGUUACUUGGCUCCGGAAUGCUAUCAAACGGGCAAGGCAAGUAAGGAAUCUGACAUUUAUAGUUUCGGAGUGGUCCUUUUGGAAUUAGUAUGUGGGAGGAGCGUCUUUGACUCGGAACUAGCGGCGCAAGGUGGCCUUGUGCUGUGGGUUUGGAAGCGUUAUGGGUGCCGGAGCUUGAGCCGGCGCAGCAACUUGAGCAUGCACUGGCGCAAGAAACUUCUUCGUCUGGUGGACAUGAGGCUCGGCAAGGAUUAUGACGAGAAACAGGCGAAGGCCUUUAUGAUUUUGGGUCUGUCGUGUGCUCAUCCCUUUGCUGGGUCUCGGCCUUCCAUUGAAGAGGCAAUGGCCGUGUUGAACUUGAAGGCAAAGCCUCCCAAACUCCCCUCGAAGAUGCCAAGAUUCAACAUAUAACUAACCUGAAGGUCUCGCCUAGUCGUCUUAGAUGCGUUUGGCUUUAAGCAAAUGCCUCGCUCUGUACAAAAGAAAUGAAAAAUAUACUGCCUCAAUAAUGUCUAUAUUUAUUUUUCGAAAAUGAUGUCUAUUUAAGAGUGAUGUAUGUGAAAAUCACCGAAAUAGAGGUCAUUAUCGAUAAGUUGUU